GCGGCGGGGCCGGGCCGGGGCCGGGGCCGGGGCCGGGCGGGCCUGGGGACAUCGCGGCCAUGCAGAAAUACGAGAAGCUGGAGAAGAUCGGGGAAGGCACCUACGGGACCGUGUUUAAGGCCAAGAACCGGGAGACGCACGAGAUCGUGGCGCUGAAGCGGGUGCGGCUGGACGACGAUGAUGAGGGAGUGCCCAGCUCGGCGCUGCGGGAGAUCUGCCUGCUCAAGGAGCUCAAACACAAGAACAUCGUCAGGCUCCACGACGUCCUGCACAGCGACAAGAAGCUGACCCUGGUCUUCGAGUUCUGUGACCAGGACCUGAAGAAAUAUUUUGACAGCUGCAAUGGGGACCUGGACCCUGAGAUCGUCAAGUCAUUCAUGUACCAGCUGCUGAAGGGCCUUGCCUUCUGCCACAGCCGCAACGUCCUGCACCGGGACCUGAAACCCCAGAACCUGCUCAUCAACAGGAAUGGGGAGCUCAAGCUGGCGGAUUUUGGGCUGGCCCGGGCCUUUGGCAUCCCAGUGCGCUGCUACUCAGCUGAGGUGGUCACUCUGUGGUACCGGCCCCCCGAUGUCCUCUUCGGUGCCAAGCUCUACUCCACCUCCAUCGACAUGUGGUCAGCUGGGUGCAUCUUUGCAGAACUGGCCAACGCGGGGCGGCCCCUCUUCCCGGGGAACGACGUGGACGACCAGCUGAAGAGGAUCUUCCGGCUGCUGGGGACCCCCACGGAGGAGCAGUGGCCGGCCAUGGCCAAGCUGCCAGACUAUAAGCCCUACCCCAUGUACCCGGCCACCACCUCUCUGGUCAACGUGGUGCCCAAGCUGAACGCGACCGGCCGGGACCUGCUGCAGAACCUGCUCAAGUGCAACCCGGUGCAGCGGAUCUCGGCGGAGGAGGCCCUGCAGCACCCCUACUUCACUGACUUCUGCCCACCCUAGGGCCCCCCAACCCUCCCUGGCUCCCUCCCCCUUGCAGGGUGGGCAGUCCCCAGCCUGUGCCAGCCCCCCUAAACUGCAGCCCUCCCCCCCCCCCAGUAUUUAUUAGGUUCUGCCCCAGCUGCAGGGGGCUGGCACAGGGCCCCUGGACCCCCUAGCCCUGGGAGGGCUGAGGGCACUCAGAUUCCCCUUGGGGGCACAGGACCCCCCUGGGGGCAGGGGACCCCUCCAGGGCAUGAGACCCUCCUGAGGACAUGGGGCCACGAAGCUGGUAGAGGCACAGGACCCUCUGGGACCAGGCAUGGGGACCCUGCGGGUGGUGGGACCCCCACUCCUCUUGCGUCUGCUUCCCCUCCCGCCGCUUCCCUUCCUGGGGGGAAAUCUGGGCACAGCCCCCCUGGGGGGGGUCAGGAGAGGACCCCGUUUCUUUUCUAGGGCACUGCCGUACGUGGGUGAUGUGUGUUUGGAACCCCAUAAAGAGCUUCCCCCCUGCCCA